AUGGCCCCCAAAAAGAAGACGCUGUCUAGCCUCACCCAAGGGCGCCCGCCGCUUGCGAAGCCAUCUCGGACCAUGACUCGAAAGGCAAGCAGGACACUGAUCAACAAGCAUCACCACCUGGAAAAGACGCGAGCAAGGGCCAUCAGAAGCGGCGACAAGGAAACAGAAGCAAAGGUGGCCGCCGAAAUCGAGAGCCUAGGAGGAUUAGAUCACUAUCAAAAGGCCAGUCUGCAGGGCCAGAGUAUCGACAGAGGGGGAGACACAUCAAAGGUUCUCAUGGAAUGGCUCCCGCUGGACGAGCUAAAGAAGCAGACUCAGCCUCUUCAGAUGCUCGAAGUUGGAGCGCUCAGCACUCGAAAUGCGUGUUCGACCAGCAAGAUCUUCAACGUCCAGCACAUUGACCUCAACAGCCAGGAGCCAGGCAUCCUUCAGCAAGAUUUCAUGGAGAGGCCAUUGCCUGAGAAUAAAGAAGAGAAGUUCGACAUCAUCUCGCUGAGCUUGGUGCUCAACUUUGUGCCCGAUGCUCACGGCCGCGGUGCCAUGCUUCUACGAACGCUCUCGUUUCUCAAGGACGUCGACAGUACGACUACUACCGAACCCCUCUUUCCCUGUCUCUUCGUCGUCUUGCCACGAAGCUGCGUCGACAAUUCACGAUACUUUACGGACGAGCGGCUUGAUGAGCUGAUGACUUUGCUCAAUUACACGCGAGUGAGAAGCAAGAAGACACAAAAGCUAGCUUACAGCCUGUGGAGGAGAACAGGGGCAGCUGCAAAGGCCGGGCUAACCUUUUCAAAGCACGAGGUCAACCCUGGGAAGACGAGGAACAACUUUGUCAUGACACUCAAAGAGCAACAGACGGAUUGA